UCCUAACUCCUCACUUCAUAGUGCUGCGUACUAAAAACAUCGGACGCUAGGGGAUCAAGACGCAUGCCACAUUGCCUCUAUGUGGGCACUUUAACAGAUCUUUCGGGGGGUUUUUCCCAGUAAGGGGGCAGUGGAGGGAGGCCUUUUUUUAUUUUCACUCUCUGAUGACUGUUUGCACGGCUGAUUAUUGAGUUGAUUGUUUAUUAUUUUGGCCGCUGUUGUCCGCCGCCUUGUGCGUUUUUUUCCUCCCCCUUUUUGGAUUCGGCGACCUAACGCGCGCUCACCAAUGUCCUAUCCUCAGGGUUACCUCUACCAGCCCCCGGGCUCUCUGGCGCUGUAUUCAUGUCCGGCUUACGGGGCCUCGGCUUUGGCCGCCCCGCGGAACGAAGACUUGGCGAGGUCGUCGUCUGGCUCAGCCUUCAGCCCAUAUCCCGGGUCAGCUGCUUUCUCCGCUUCGGCCGGUGCAGGCUUCUCCACUCCACUGUCAUACUCCACGGAUCCAACCACGGGAUUCCCAUCGUACAUGUCCUCUCCAUACGACGCGCACACCACAGGCAUGGCCGGGGCGUUGAGUUAUCCCCCUUACGGGAGCCCAGGAUACCCCUUCCAGCUCAACGACCCGGCUUACCGCAAAAAUGCCACCAGGGACGCCACGGCCACCUUGAAGGCCUGGCUGCAGGAGCACAGGAAGAACCCGUAUCCGACGAAAGGAGAAAAAAUCAUGCUGGCAAUUAUCACCAAGAUGACCCUGACGCAGGUCUCUACUUGGUUCGCAAACGCCCGGAGGAGGCUCAAGAAGGAGAAUAAGAUGACAUGGGCACCCCGGAAUAAGAGCGAAGACGAGGACGAAGAGGACGGGGACGGCGAGAGGAAAGAAGUGGAGCGCUCAGAAAAAACCCUGGAUAACAGCGAGGCUUCAGCGGAGGAUGAAGGCAUCAGCUUGCACGUAGAUACCCUGACGGAUCACUCCUGCUCGGCAGAGUCAGACGGGGAGAAGGUCAGCUGUGUGGGCGAGCUUGGCUCUGAACAAGCCGGCGACAAAUGCGAAGAGGACGGCGAGGACCCAAACCGCGACCAGCGGGCUCAGCUUUCACCUAAACCCGUCACGUCAUCGCCACUGACCGGAGUAGAAGCUCCAGUUCUCAGUCAUCACCAUCACCACCACCACCACCACCUCCACCAUCUCCACCACCUCCACAGCCAACGCGAGGAUUUAGCACGGAGCCUCGUCAGUAGCAACAAUAUUAACACCAAUAAAUCCUCCUCAUGCCUUGACAACAGGCCUUCUUCAGGAGCGCCUCCUAACCCCACGGUCAAACCCAAAUUGUGGUCGCUGGCGGAAAUUGCUACCUCGCACCAAAAGCAGCAACAGCAACUGGGGCAGACAACUGGGCAACCAAAUUGCCCCUCCUCCAGCGGUGGACUUCUCACUUCCCCAACGCCUUCCGCAGCCUCCCCGGCUGCCAGUUCGCCCUCCCUCUACCCGCCCCCCUCCAUCCUCGGAAGACCUAUUUAUUACACUUCACCCUUUUAUAGCAAUUACACAAACUAUGGCAACUUCAGCCCCCUGCAGGGUCAAGGGAUCCUGCGGUACACUAAUUCAUCUGGAGUGAGUCUGGCUGCUGCCGCCGCUGCCGCCGCCGCCGCCGCUGCUGCAAACGAGGGUCUCAGUUCUUCUCAGCAGGCUCUGGAGGCCAGCACAAACCCCAAACACAGGCCAGACUCUCCCCUCGUUAAAAAUAAUCCAAACCAGAUUGUUGUUGAGCAGCAGCAACAGCAUUUCAGAACCGCAAAUUUAGAAGCAAAGAAAGGUACGUAAAAUAUGACGCGGUAAAAAAAAAUCAUAAUAAUUAAAAAAAAAGAGAGACUGACUUAUGAAAACUUAUUUAAUCUAGUGUUGAGUCCUAAAUUUGUAUUUUAAUUCAACCCUGUAAGGAAAUGGCGCCACGCUGGAGGUAAAAUGAGCUCACUUGUUUCCAAUGCAAACUAACUGGUUUUCUUUUUCACUUCCAUGUGUCACUGCAAUGACACCAAAGCAUGAUCUGAACUCUUUAGCCUUGUUUCGCGAAAGAAAAACAAAAAAACAAAUAGCAACAAAUCAGAACAAAAUGAAGCCUUUAUAUUCAACCGAUCUUUCACAAGAAACAGCUAACACGACGUGAUUUUUCAUUUGUGCUAAGAAGAGUACAUUUUUAGGACUGAAUAUGAGACUAAAUGACUUAUUAAGUUGGACAUUUUUCAGCGCAGUAAGGAAAUGAACGCGCACUAUGGCCUGUUAUUCGUUUUCAUUGCAGUAAUCUCCCGGAGUAAUCAAUUUAUAAUUGCCCACCAGCCCUUAAAAAAAACAAAUUUUAAUCUUUCCGAUGAUCCCACGGGAUCAUAAGAAUCCGGUGACGGGGUUUCUAUUUGCAACAAUCUUGCCUUACAAAGCAGUAGGGAUAUAACAUACAAGCCAAUUGCAAACAAAACUUACAAGAUCGCGUCUACAGAUACACAUUAAAACAACACUAUGAAGGACGGGCCUGAAUUAAGCUUAUCCAUGCGCUCAGACGCGCGCGCGCACCCACACCCACACACACACAGUGGGCACCCUGUGAAUCCAAUAAGCAGACAAAAUGUUGCCAUAGUUUUGAGCAGGAAUCCUAUUUUUAAUGUUUCCUGUGUGUGCGCGCGCGCGCAGCGGGCCCAAGACCUUAUCUUUCAACCUGGAAUAAUUCUAAUUACACAGGGUCAGCCAAAAGCAAACAAAUGAGUUUGUUUGCUGUGUGCAGUCAUCGUGGAACUUCACGUUUUCAAAUGUCACUUAGGUAGCUGUGGUGGUUACUUUCCUUGCGCACAUUUAAAGCUUUCCCUACAUGCCGACGAAUAGCUUAAGGACGUUUUAGUAGCAGUAUAAGCAGAGACCCCCCCCCUCAUUUUUAAUGAGCACUUGCAGUAUGGAGGUGUUUUUGUUCAUGUUUUCUGUGGUGGUGGACGAAAUUGAUCAUUUGAUCGUGUGGGACUUUUUUUUUAAUUUCCAUGGUCUGCAGGUAGGUGUCACAAUUGCUUUGACUAUAAAACGACAAAGGACGCCACCCCUUAGCCUCACGUUUUAACCCACAUAACCUUUACUCCAAAUCGGAUCUGGUGCCACCAUUUAGUCGGAAUGACAGCUGCUACCGCUUUCUAAGCCCCACGCAGACUGGGACUUUUUCUUCAGCUCACGUUUGUCAGAAUGUUAUUGUAUUAUUUCCGCCGUUCUGUUUGAGGCAAUUUGGACGACAAUUACAUAUGCUGGUUUGAAACCGAUCUCCCAUUAUAUGUGAUUUACAUGUUAUUUCUCAGGUUCCUCUAGUUUGCUUAUUUGCCACGGUAUAUUAUUUCAGUAUAUAUUUACGUGUGAAAAUAAAAACUAAAAUUUGGCCUGAAACCGAGGUGUCUUGGGAACGCAAAGUGGACCGAAUUGAACUGAAGUGAACUUGAGGACUUCAAAGUGGAAUAGCCUACAUUUGAUAUUUAUUUUUUUAAAAGGAUGGCGAAACGAUGCCUAUAAUUUAUGCAAGUUGUAUUGCAAAAAUGGGAAACUGACAUCGUCUGUUUGUUUUGUAAAUAUAUAUACAUAUAUACAUAUAUAUAUAUAUAUUAUGGACGGUUUUUAUUUGAAACGCAUUUGGGAAAAAGGCAACCCAAUCUUGUUAUCAGGAGUACUUUUACUAAUUUAUAUCUUUGAAUGUAAAUAAAAUCAAAACUCGCUGGUAAAGAUAUACUGGUGGGAUAUUAUAUCCAUUAUUCAAAUGAGAAAAUAUUAAACUGUUUUCCCAACUAUUA